CCACCACCAGCAGCAUCAUCAGCAGUGGCAGCGAGUGAACAGGUGAACAUGUGAGUUUGUGUCACUGAUCUGUGAACAGUCUAAAUUCACCUGUGGAGGACUGCGAUACAGUUUUAUCUGUGGUUUUAAGUGGCGAAGAUGUGGAGUACUGGAUACUUUUGACCGUUUCUGAAGUCGUCUUGUUCGUCGGUCUGAUUUUCAGCAAGACUCGAGACUGCGUCUUGAUUUUAAGAUGGCUUUUGCACAGUUCAGCAAGAUCCUGCGACUUCCAACUCUUGAUAAGAAGAAGAGAGUGAAGCAGUAUGAGCACGUGCAUCGUGACAUUAAUCCAUACGACCUGUGGGAGAUUAUCGGUGAACUGGGCGAUGGCGCUUUCGGGAAAGUUUAUAAGGCUCAGAAUAAAGAAACGGGCGUGCUGGCUGCGGCUAAAGUGAUCGAAACCAAAAGUGAAGAGGAGCUGGAGGAUUACAUGGUGGAGAUUGAAAUCUUAGCAUCCUGUAACCAUCCGUACAUUGUCAAACUGAUGGAUGCCUUCUUUUAUGACAACAAACUAUUGAUCAUGAUUGAGUUUUGUCCUGGAGGUGCCGUUGAUGCCACUAUGUUAGAGUUGGACCGAGCUCUUGAAGAACCUCAGAUCCAGGUGAUCUGUAAACAGAUGUUGGAGGCUCUUCAGUAUCUUCACAGCAUGAAGAUCAUUCACAGAGAUCUGAAGGCUGGAAACAUUCUCCUCACACUGGACGGAGACAUUAAACUAGCUGAUUUUGGGGUUUCUGCAAAAAAUACCAAAACUCUUCAAAGGCGAGACUCUUUCAUUGGGACUCCGUAUUGGAUGGCUCCUGAGGUGGUGAUGUGUGAGACCAUGAAGGACGCACCAUACGACUAUAAAGCCGACAUCUGGUCUUUGGGUAUCACACUGAUCGAGUUGGCUCAGAUCGAGCCGCCCCAUCAUGAGUUAAACCCCAUGAGAGUUCUUCUAAAAAUUGCCAAAUCUGAGCCGCCCACCCUGGAGAAGCCCGCCAAAUGGUCAAUGGAAUUUAAGGAUUUCCUUAGAAAAGCUUUGGACAAAAAUCCUGAGACGAGGCCAACAGCUGCUCACCUUCUUGAACAUCCCUUUGUGAGUUCAGUGAAGACCAAUCGUCCUCUGAGAGAGCUGGUAGCUGAAGCUAAAGCUGAAGUGAUGGAGGAGAUUGAAGACAAUAAUGAAGACGGAGAUGAUGAAGUUGAUCUCUCAUCUGCCCCAGGCAAAGAUCCAUCUGAAACCAGUUUAGAAGGGGAUCAUUCACCUGACACAGCCCUCACCGAAACUGCUAUAGAAGAUGAGGACGAGCCCAAGACCGCCGUGUCCACAAAAACCAGCAGGAAAGAGCAAGAGGACAAUCUGAGCGAUAAGUUUCCUGAGGACGAUCAUGAUAAACCCGAGAGUGAGGCGUCAGGCAAGACCUCCUGCUCCGACUCCGGCAUUGAAGAUGGAAAAAUCACACCCACCUCUGAGGAGGAGGCCAAGAGCUCUGAGCCGGAGCUUCAUUUACCUCUGAAGACAGAAGACCGUUCCUCGGAAACCACAGAGCAGCCGCUGGUGUCGUCGUUGAAAGCCGGAAAACCGGAGAUAAAACCCGAGAGAGAGGGAACCUCACGCUCUCCACGACACAGUGUGCUGAACCGUUCCGAAUCCCAGGAGCCCAGGAACAGUGUGUCCGCAGUGAGCAACAAGUCAUCAUUUGCAGAGGAUGUGGAGAGUUUGGUUCUGAGCCUGUCUGGAGACAUGUCGGUCAACAAGAGCAACCUUUUGGUAUGGGACUCCAAGAAGACACUCAAACGUACCCGUAAGUUCUUGUUUGAUGGUGUUGAGGUGAGCGUAACCACAUCCAAAAUCAUCGGUGAUGAUGAGAAGAAGGAUGAGGAGAUGAGGUUUCUCAGGCGCCAGGAGCUGCGUGAGCUGCGUCUGCUUCAGAAGGAACAACAGCGUUCUCAAGCUCUGCUUAACUUUAAACUGAAGGAACAGAGAGAUCAGAUGCAGCGCAGAUUCGAUCAGGAGAUGAAUGCCAAGAAGAAGUAUUAUGAUACAGAGCUGGAGUCCCUGGAGAAACAACAGAAACAAACCAUUGAGAGGAUGGAGAUGGAUCACACCAUACGAGUACGUGAUGAAGGCAAACGCAUUCGACUCGAACAGGAACGAGCUCACGCCAAAUUCCAGGAUCAGAUGAAACAUAAGAAGAAAGAGGUCAAACAAGAGAUCGAGAAACUGCCCAGGAGUCAGAGAAAAGACAGCAAGAAGAUCAAAAUGAACAACUAUCAACAGAUGAAAGAAACUGAGGAAGAGAAAUUCCUCUCGGAUCAGCGGGACUAUCUGGACUCGACUCUUAAGAGGAUCAUUGCUGAAAAUAAGCAGGAGAUCUUACAGACCGAACGCUCGUGUCUCAAUAAGAAACAGAAUCUGAUAAGAGAACGAGAAGGAACCAUCUGGGAUCUUGAAGAGAAGAACCUUCAUGAGCGACACCAACUUCUCAAACAACAACUGAAAGAUCAAUACUUCUUACAGAGACAUCAACUCCUAAAGAAACAUGAGAAGGAGCAGGAACAGAUGCACUGCUAUAACCAGCGUAUGAUUGAGAUUCUGAAGGCCAGACAGCAGCAGGAGAAGAACCGAAUGCCCAAGAUCCAGCGCAGUGAAGCCAAAACACGCAUGGCCAUGUUCAAGAAGAGCCUGAGGAUCAACUCCAGUGGAAGUUCAGCUGAGGACCGUGAGAAGAUCAAGCAGUUCUCCAGACAGGAGGAGAAGCGGCAGAAGGCGGAGCGACUUCACCAGCAGCAGAAGCACGAGAAUCAGAUGAGGGAGAUGAUUGGCCAGUGUGAAGGAAACCUCAGAGAACUGCAGCAGCUGCAGAAUGAGAAGUGUCACCUGCUGAUCGAGAACGAGACGCAGCGUCUGAAGUCUCUGGAUGAGCAGCACAACCAGCAGCUAAAGGACUGGAGAGAACAACUCAAGCCCAGAAAGAUGGUUUUGGAGGAUGAACUGAACCAGAGGAAAAAAGAUCAGGAGCAUUUCUUUAGGAUAAGUGAGGAUUCAGAGUUUCAGAACGUCGGCUCACCCACCAAACACACCAAGUUUCUUCCAUAUUCGGAUUCCUCCAACACAUGAGCUACUGGAGAAACCGCCCACUCUCUGAGAUACCAAAGUGUUUGAUUUCUGUUCAAGAGAGUCAAAUUUGAAUCCCACAGUCUGUGAAUGUCCAGGAAUCAGUGUAAGCACUUUUAAGCACAAGUUAACAGAAUUACCAAACAAAAGCUGACAGCAGUUUAAAGAUCCUGUGCUCCAAAAAAUAAGUAAUAUAAAGCAAGUACUUACAAAUCUAUUUUAUUAUGUUUAUAUAUAUUGACUAGCUAGACUAACACAGCCCAAUUUAACCUAAAAAUCCCAUUCUGAAACGCAUACUGUAUGUGGUUACAUAAUCCUUCAUUUCUGUUUGGUAAAUAUUCAAAAUUGUAAUAUUUAGCUCAUUGUAAAGUGCUACAGGUGUAGUAAAAGUAAUGAGCUGUUGUGUAACUCGAUACUGGACAGAAAAUCCCAAAGCUACUGUUCUUCACAUUUAUCUUUUAGUCGGAUGUGUUUUGCCAAAGCUAUUUUACAAACAAUAUUGGUAUAUAUUUUUACGUCAUCGUUUUAUAUGUAAGUUGCAAAAUGAAGUAUAUCACUUUACUUUUCUAAGACGUUAUAUCGCCAGUGUCAGCAUUGUAGAAACGCUGAAAUAAAGGAUUUUAUAUUUUUACUGCUAUGUUUUCUCUAUGCUAAACUGAACUACAGCAGUGUUGGUUUUAAGUUAUUUUACAUUUAGUUUUCAUCAGAGUUUGUCAUUUUAGACGGCAACUAAACUUGCCACUUUUAUUUGCAAUGUUCACCAAAAUGUGAGUUUUACCGCAAAAACUGUGGUGCAUUUACUGUAAAGACAGCACACUGGAUGAGAUGGUAAAGUCAUCUGUACACGCCAAAGACUCUCCGAGCGAACCGAGACGUUUGUCAAAUGAGCAUGUUUUCUUAUUUUGUUCUUGAUUAUUUUGUAUGUUGGUGUUCAAAGCACUGUCACCUAACCAGAGUGCAAUAUGUUGUGUUUCUUCUUGAAAUGUGUUCAGAUUUUACCUAUGUGUUAUUUUAUAAACGUUAUCUUCACACACAAAGCAUGUCUGAGUUGGGUACGAGAAGAAGACCAGUUUUUUCAUCUAUAGACAUUUUGUUUUCACUUCAGUUUCUUGUUAGUUUGUGUAACCAAAGGUUUGCGUGGAUGUUUGUCUGUGUUCAGAAACAGUUGUCUUACAAGAGUAUAUCUAAUAAAUGAGAUGUUUAUUAA